GCCGGUGCCGCCCGCGGGGAGCGCAGCGCAGCGGAGCCCGGCGGGGAGCCCGGCGGGGCGCGCCGAGGAUGGGCAGGGAGCGCCGGCGGGAGCCGCACUCCAGUUAUCUUGCUUCGUGCCUUGGAUUCCAUUGUUUUUUGACUGGAUGGUAAUCCUGAAGUCAUCAGCCUUAAAUACCUUGAUGGAAGAAACAAGAUACCGAGAGUUUUUGCUGGUCUUCCUUGCCUUGAUAUGUUGGGUGUGCAGCAGUUUCAUAAAGGAGAUGAAUUAAAAUGCAGCACACCACGUGCACAGAGGACAGGAUCUACCACGCGCUGGAAAGAUGUCUACACGGGCUUAGCAGAGAUGCUGUCUCCAGCAGAUGGGCGGCGGGGCUGUGCCUGAACUGCUGGAGCCUACAGGAGCUGGUGAGCCGGGAUGCUGGCAACUACCUCAUCCUGGUGGAGAAAAUCCUCUGCAAGGCCAAGGAGGUGCAGGAGAAGUGCGACUACGACCUUGUGAUGCCCCUGGCUCUGCUUUUCUACUACGCGGUCCUCUGUUGUCCCUACAUCCCACCGGGCUCUGAGCUGCUCCUGAAAGCCGCCAGCAUCUACCACAGCUUCCUCACCUGGCCCGUGCCCUACUGCGACAUCUUCCGCGAGCUGCUCUCCUUCAUCAGCGACGAGCUCAAGGCCCCGGGGAUUUCCUUCCAGAGGCUGGUGAGGACGGAGCAGGGGCUGCCCGUGAAGAACUACCAGAGCUCCACUGUGACUGUGCUGCUGCUGAACCGCUCCGAGGUGCAGAGCGAGUUCCUCUCCAUCGCCGAGAAGCUGAGCAGCACGGAGCCCCCGCGGCACGCCACGCUCGUCCUGCUGCUGGAGCACCUCUACCAGGCCACCUUCGGCACCCGCUGCGACCUGGGCAGCCUGCACCGCCUCCUGAAGGCCAAGCCGCUGGAGGAGCUCUCCGAGGUCUACGCCAGUGCCGCCGAAGCCCAGGAGAUCGCGGCCGCCAGCAGCGACCCCGCGCUGGCCCGGGAGCGGCUGCAGUGCGUGCUGCGGGACCUCGCCGGGGCGGCCGCCCUUCCUGCCAUCGCGGGGGAUGCUCAGCCCCGCAGGCUCCAGCCCAUCCCCAUCCCCGCCGCCCGCUGCUACACUUACAGCUGGGACCAGGAUAACUUCGACGUCCUCAAUGAUGUCCUCAGCAAGGAGUGCAACGUUGUCGAGCCCGUGGCCUCGGAGAACGAGGAGGAUGAGGAGGAGGAGGAGGAAGAAGAGGACGUGGAAACAGACGGCUGUUCCCCAGAGCGGGACUCGCUGCUUUCCCCCAUUUCCACCAUUUCCAAAGACUCCAUGUACUCAGCACUGGCAGAAGAGGGACCUAAGCACUCACGCAUGUCCCUCUUCACCGCUUCCAAGGACUCCAUCUCAGAGCUGACGGUGGUCUCCAGAAAGUCCUUGCGGUCUUUUGUCUCCAGCCUGAAGGACUGCAUGGACAGUGGGUAUGCCGAGGACAGUGACGAGAGCUCUCUGGACAUGGCUGGGCGGCCGGAGCUGAAGGUGGAGAAGCCCCACCACAAAUACAGACACACGCUGACCAACAAGAUCUACAAACUGUUCAAAAGCAAAAGCCAGCUGGUCCUGAGGAGGGACCUGAAGGGCUGCCCUGACACGGGCUCGCUCCCGCUGCGCCGUGCCGAGAGCCUGUGCCACCCCCAGGCCAAGCACCGUGUGCCGGCGCGCUCCCGGCGCUCUCACUCACUGCCGCAGCACGUCCUGAGCCAGCGGCUGCAGGUGCUGCACGUCCCGCGGCUCCUCAGCCUGCCCCGACGGCCUUUCCUCAGCUACGACGAGGACGCCAAGGUGUCCACCCUGCGCGUGGUGGUCUUCGGCUCCGACCGCAUCUCAGGGAAAGUGGCACGAGCCUACAGCAACCUCAGGCUGAAGGAGAGCACCUGCCCCACACUGACAAGGUACUUCAAGCUGCAAUUCUUCUACAUCCCCGUGAAGAGGAGCUGCCUGGCUCCAGCAGCCCCGCUGACACAUCCUCCCCCGUCCCCAGGGGACCUGCAGCUCCGGGCUUCGGCACAGGCAGAGUCCACCUUGUCUGGGGUGGAGAGCAGCACCAACGACAUCUCCCACUACAUCGGCAUGUUGGACCCAUGGUACGAGCGGAACGUUCUUGGGCUGAUGAACCUGCCCACGGACGUCCUGUGUCAGUCUGCCAAGCCGGAGGCCGAGCCCCAGGGGAACUCGCGGCAGCAGCUGCCCAUCCUGGCCGACAUGAUCCUCUACUACUGCCGCUUCGCCACGCGCCCCGUCCUGCUGCAGCUCUACCAGACGGAGCUCACCUUCAUAGGGGGGGAAAAGAUGACCGAAGUCUUCAUCCACUCCCUCGAGCUGGGCCACUCAGCAGCCACACGGGCCAUCAAGGCUUCAGGUCCGGGCAGCAAAAGGCUGGGCAUAGAUGGAGACAGAGAAGCAAUCCCACUAACACUACAGAUCGCCUACAGCAAGACAGCUGUCAGUGGAAGAAGUCACUGGAACGAUGUUGAGAAGGUCUGCACGUCCGUCAACCUCAGCAAAGCCUGCAAGAAGUACGAAGAGCUAGCCUCAAAGACAGAGUGUCUCAACUUGACCAUGACAGAGGUGGUUAAAAGGCAAAACUCCAAAUCCAAAAAAAGUUUCAAUCAGCAGCUCAGCGUGUCCCAGAUAAAAGUAGACAAAGUCCAGAUUAUUGGUGUCCAGUCCUCCUUUGCCGUGUGCCUGGACCAGGAUGAGCAGAAGAUCCUGCAGAGUGUGACCAGGUGUGAGAUCUCUGUGUGCUACAAACCCCGGGACAGCGAUCCCCUUGCACUGAGCAGGUCCUCUUCAACUUCCCAGGACCCCUCCGAGUUCCAUUCUCUCCUGUGUUUACCCAUUUCCACCUUCAGUGGAGCACUGCCGUAGAAGAACCGUGCCCUCUCAAGACCACACUCACAUCCAACACUGAAAUAGCCGCGGGAAAGGGAAGCUGACUGUCCCGUUAGGGCUGGAUACCCAGCCAUUCUUGCCCAAGACAUCCUGCAGUCUGAAGUGUUUGCGUGGUGACUGAGCUGCUCCUGGUCUGGGCUUGGCCCAUCCUUUGGAAAUGGGGGUGUUGGUGUCAGGCUCUGGUACUUCUCAGGAUUCCUUGGGAGGAAAGUGGUUCCUUGAGAUCUCCAGCUGGUUCAGCAGACUGCCAACAUUGGGACCAAGAGGGAGAGGCAAGGACAGUGACAUUUUCCUGCCAGCAAAUGGUGCUGUGGCUGUACUUGACAGUGACUGCAAGGCCAUUGUGAUCUUGGGCAAGCUGGUAUGGGGGGCGGGGGACGCGUUCUGGGACGUGGAUGUCCAUGGGGGUAGCUGGCCUUCUGUGCAUGUGGAUUUGACCACCCCAACUAUGUCCUGAUGACUUUUCACCUGUAACAAGUCAGAGAUGCUUGGGAUAGUUCUUUGGGGAUAGGGACAGGUUUUCUCAGGGUUUGCUUUAAAUUACGAGCGAUGGGUGCCUUGAAGAGAAACAGCACAAAGCAGAACAACCCAGCUGGGGCCAAAAAGAGCCCAGCAAGGGUUGUAGACUGCUGCUUGUGUCCCAGUGAAUCCAGUGCAAUAGGCCGUUCCAGGGCAUGGGUGGCUUGUUGUGCGUCUGUGUGUUUGCUGUAAAUCCAGGAGCUGCAGGAGAUGAACUUCCAAUUUCUGCAGAAUUUCAGAGUUCAUCCGAGAAGAAGGACUCCCUGUUCAGGCUGUGUUCUUGCGUCCUGCUCACCAGCACUGAAUGCAAGAGACAUCCCAGAGGCUGAACGCUCAAUAGUUGCUUGAGAUAGAGCAGGAACCUUGCUCACACUCAGGAGAGAGGGAGGUACUGGGAAAGCCACUAGGAUUGCCUUAAGCUCACCUGACUGGGUAGCUUUGGUAGAGGAGAACCCAGCACCAAAAACACUAUUGACACUUGCAAGCAAUGAUAGUAUUUGAGAUCCCUUCUUCUCUGCAAAGAGAGGUUUUACCCCCCCUCUUCCUUCUCUCUGCAAGGCUGUAGGUACAGAAAGGUGCAAUAGUUGAGUGUAUUUAGAGGUAUUCUGACCCCAGGAGCAAUAAAUGAGGCUGGAAAAGCCUUGCCUGGUUUCAUAGCCCUCAGGGUUUCUCAUUUAGUUGCUGGUCAUUGCACUAAUGAUGGCUGGCAGAAGAGCAAGCUGCCUGCUGCAGGGUACAAGGAUCCUAAUGCCGAGGAUUUGCUCCCUGGGAUGCAUCUGGAAGGGACCCUCCGUGCUGCUGGGGCUGCAGGGCUCGGCCAUGGUGAGAUCAGCUCCAUCUGGGUUCCUUGCUCCUCCAGAAAAUGGGGCUUGGCCAGCUCUUAGCACUAGUUAGAACGAGGCUGGGCUCUGCCCCAAGGGCUGUUGGCACAGCAGCAGGGUCCCCUUGGUGGUGACCACGCUGAAGGUUGAAUCUGCCAGGGAAAGGGCCAGAGCCCCCGGGCACUUCAGUUGCCUUGGAGGAGCAUGGGCCAGACUUGUUUGCUGUAUUCCUCCACUUCCCUGCUGGAAGGGUUUUGGGGAUCCCUCUGGUGGGACUGCUGAUCCUGGCCCUGCUGUUUGCUGGACCUGAUUCCUGCCUCCCUGCCUCUGCUGUUGCCUGGGCACAGCUGGCAAACAUCUGGGGUUGGGAAGGUGCCAGCUGGCUCUGCCCAUCCUCAGCUGCUCGGGAUGCAACUUCUGCUGCUGGCCAGGGAGUGAGACAGGAAUGUGCUCCCGAGGCCUUUGUGCUUCAUCCUCCUACCUGAAUAGGCCAUCCCAAGGAAGGUGUUGCCUUGUGGACUCCCAGGAAAGUCACGCAAGGCCAGGCAUCGCUGGAAGGUGUGCAGGUGCUGUGGCCCCACUGUGUGGUGCAAAUCCAGCUUGGACUGCAGGCAAGGACCCCCCUUCCCUGGCCCUGCAGCGACUCUGGGAGCACCCCUCCUCUCCUACAUGGAGCUGUGACCUUGCUCACAGUAGGGACACCAAGCCACUGCUGGGUGAUGUGGAAAAGCAUGCUGAGGUCACUGCUGGGCAUCUCUCCUGCACAUCACUAAGUCCAGUAAGCUCAAGGGAUCAGAAACAGAUUUGAAUAGCUCUUUCCACCCACCUGGAAAAAGUUUUCCCACUGACUUAAUUCCCAGACAGGUUUGUGUGCAUCGUUUCAAACGGGGCUGAAAUUUGACAGCAGUUUUAUUUUUUGUUGUUGUUCAAUACAUUAAAAUAGCACCUUAUCCUGUCAAAACACUUCUAUUUGUGAUCUUGAUAUCCGUGGCUAAAUAUAUCCCUGCUGCUGUUAAUGAUAUAAACCUCUUUGGUUUCAGCUGGCCCUACAGAAAUACUAGAGAAGAGAGUUUCCACACACUGGGGAGGAAAAACAAGCACAGGCUCUAGGGACUCGUAAUCCUGGCUCAUUUUUUGACCUCUGAUUCUUUCUGGAAAUGAAAAGAAGGAAGUCGGAGGUUCCUUCAGGCCAUCCUCAUACAUACGUGCAGCCUCACCAAAACCGUGUCAUGUCUCUGCUGAUCUGUAAAAUACUGUUCAAAGAACUUUUAACGUAAUUGUAAGAUAUUAAAUGUCGAUUUAUUUCGAGUACAA